UUUUGUCAUCACUGAAUCAAAGUUUUCUGAGCUUUCAAAGGUUCUUUUUCUUUCGGAUCCGACGCACUGACACGAUGAUGUUCGAGGGAGUUUUGAGCUGGUUCCGCCCUGCGGAAGCCGAGGUUGUGCAGGAGACCAGCUGGGAUCCCGUUACCUUGACCAUGAUCCAACCCAAGAGCCCGGUCGCUCCCACAACAGACGAGAUUGUCACCGAUCAACCGAUUCUCGGAGAGGGAAUGGACUUGCGACUCCGCGGUGGUGACAGUGCUGAGGACGGGUAA